CUAUUUAAUAUUUCAAAAUAUACUACCUCCUUUGUUGAAUAACCUUCCAUUUCUUAGCUGUCACAUUUUGUCAAUCAAUUAACAAGUGCGUCUUUUUUAAUCGCAUCCCUCUUGUGGCUUUCCUUCCAUUUUUGCAGGAGCAAUUUGGCGGGUUGAUCAUGAGACACGUGGUUAUUUUUUCUUUCAAUUUCUUGCUGCUUUGUGUCUUCAUUUCUGCUAUAACAAGCACAAAAAGUGAAGUAUCUAGCACAAAUGAAGAACAAUCAUUUUCUUACCAUAUCAAAGCUUUGGAAUUCAUAUGGAAACAUUUGGGCUAUCAACAUGUGUGGCCAGAAAUGGAAUUUAGCUGGAGAAUUGUUGUUGGAACCUUGAUUGGAAUCUUGGGAGCAGCAUUUGGAAGUGUAGGGGGAGUUGGUGGUGGUGGCAUCUUUGUGCCAAUGCUAAUCCUCAUUAUUGGGUUUGAUCCAAAAUCAGCAGUUGCUAUUUCAAAGUGUAUGGUCACAGGUGCAGCCAUCUCAGCAGUAUUCUUCUGCAUGAAGCAAAGGCAUCCCACACUUGAUGAACCCGUUAUCGACUACGAUUUGAUGUUGCUAAUACAACCAACCCUCAUGCUUGGAAUCAGCAUAGGAGUUAUUUUGAGUGUAAUAUUUGCUGAUUGGAUGGUCACAAUUCUUCUAAUUAUUCUAUGUAUAGUGACAUCAAUCAGGGCAUUCUUCAUGGGUGCUGACACAUGGAAAAAGGAAACCAAAAUGAAAGAGGAAUCUCAGGAGACUAUCAAGCUUUCAGAGUCUACUGCUACUUGCAGUGAGGAAGAAGGAUACAAGUAUCUUCCAGGUUGUUCAGAUGAAGGGUACGAAAAGGAUACUAGAAAACCUGAGAACUAUACAGUUUCCUGUUCAGUCACAUACUGGAUACUUAUUUUGUCACAGAUACCAAUUACUGUAGGAUUUUAUUUGUACCAAGCAAGAGCCCUAUAUCAGGGGAGAGCUGCAGGAUCUCAACACACACAUUGGCCAUUGCACCAUCUAUUUCUAGCUAGCAUUUGUUCUCUGUUAGCUGGAAUUGUUGGUGGACUUCUUGGUACAGGUUCUGGAUUUGUUAUGGGUCCUUUAUUUCUAGAAGUGGGAAUUGCUCCACAGGUAGCAAGUGCCACAGCCACUUUUGGAAUGAUGUAUUCAUCAUCUUUAUCUGUCAUACAAUAUUACCUGUUGAAUCGUUUUCCUGUUCCUUAUGCUCUCUUCCUUACUCUUGUGGCUGCAAUUGCAGCAUUCCUAGGACAGUAUCUCAUUGACAAGCUUGUUAAUAUCUUCCAAAGGGCUUCUUUAAUUAUUUUUGUCUUGGCCUUCACAAUAUUUGUUAGUUCAAUUGCAUUAGGUGGAGUCGGCAUAUCAAACAUGAUCUUGAAGAUUCAAAGGAAUGAAUACAUGGGAUUUGAUAAUUUUUGCAGGAAUGAUACAUAGAGCUUUUCAAGUAUCUUUUUAUUUGCACACAUUUUCUGUUUGUUGUUUGCCACCACCAAACCACCUGAGAGGGGAUGAUAUGUUUUGUUUUUAUUUCAAAUGUCAAAAAGAAAGUUUGUGCUAAUUGAAGCAUUUUUUGGAUACAUAUGCUAAUAGAAGCAUUAAAUCUUGUAUGUCCAGAGGAGAUGUAUCAUGCCAUUAUGCACGAAUUAUUAAAUGGCUAUUACAUUUGUUUGAUUCGUUAUACAUCAUUUGUAAUAAUAUUCAUGAAAUUUGUCCCGAA